AUGGUAAGCAGUACUCGAUCUGCGAAGAAGAAUACAGAUGAAUUGGUUGGUAAUAGUUCGAAGAAAAAAAUGGUCAAUAAAGAACAACAAUCAAACUUCAUUCCGGAAAAAGCUGAUGUCUUGGGUUUGAGAAGGUCAGCUCGGGAAACGCAGUCGUCGAAACUCAAGACUCAAAGCCCGCAAAGUACUCGGAAAUCUGAGCGUAUAGAGAGGCAGACGCCACCCGUAAUUCCUUCAGUGAAGAGGAAAUCUGAUAGAAUUGAGAAACAUAAUCUGACGAGUACCCCAAGGAAGUCUGACAGGGGUAAGAAAAUUAAUUCAUCAAGGUCUUCAGGAUCCAAGCAAUCUGUAAAACGACUUAGUCCGUUAAAUAUGAAAAAGAAGGAGAUCAAAGAGAAGAGCCUGAAACAGUUGACAGUGGAAUCUGGGAAAGCUGAACCUGACCUGAACUCUGUUGGCACUAAAAGGAAGAAAAUGGACGCUCGCAGUUACAAGGCCUUAUUUAAGCCACAAAAGAUAAAAUAUACCAUGCCAGAUGCUGCUGAAGAGUUGCCGAGACAAGAUAAACCACUUGCAGUUAAUGGCAGAGGAAUUAGUUCUGAGCCAAUAGGAAAGAGUGAGGCGAGCAGAGGAAGGGUGAUACGGAAUUUGGCAAAUGAAUUAUCCGGUACAGCUUCUGGUGUGGAUGUAUUGGAAAAUGAUAUUGACGGAAAAUUGUUACAAUCUUGCCUAGCACAUAGUGGUAACGACGAGGCUCCUCAACCUCCGGAUGGAGAUGGUUUGAAAGACCUUGAGAUUGGUUGUACUAUCAUAGACAUACUUGAUGAUGCAGAAGGGGCUCCAAUGAAUUGUAACUCUAUGAAGAAAGUGGAGGUUCCAGACUUAAGAUCAGUAGAUGGUUCAGAAGAGGAUGUCCAAUGCAUAGAGCCAAAAGGUACAAGGCUUAUUGACAUGGAUUUGGGCCCUAGUUCAACGCAUGCCAGCAAAGAUGUUUCUGUGAUUGUAGGGAGUGUUCCUUUGCAAUCAUCUGGACGCGAAGUUCAUCACCUUUUAGGGACUUGUAUCACAUGUUUGAGAAAGAAAAGGCUAGAUUAUGAUUCACCAGAAGAGGAGCUAUGCUCUUGUGGCGCAUCAUCAAACAUGUAUUCAAAUGACUUCUCUAAGGAUAGAGGGGAUCAGGAAGCUGCUAUUUACUCUGAAUCUUCUGGAAGAUGCAGCAGUGGUGAGCAUCUGAACGAGAUACAUUCAGAUCGUCAAAUGGGUGGUCCCGAGAAUGUGUGUGUCAUCUGCAAUCAAGGUGGAGAGCUCCUGUGCUGUAUUGGAAAGGGAUGCAAGAGAUGCUACCAUCUGUUGUGUCUGGAUCCUCCUUUAAGUGAUGUUCCACCGGGAGUUUGGCACUGUUUAUGGUGUGUGAAGAAGAAGGUUGAAUUAGGUGCCCAUUCAGUGUCACAAGGUGUUGAAUCAAUCUGGAAUGCAAGAGAAGUGGAGGUACCGAAUGCUGAAGGAGUGCAAAGGCAGAAGCAGUAUCUUGUUAAGUACCACGGCCUUGCUCAUGUCCACAACCAUUGGGUGCCGGAGAAACAAUUGCUUCCUGAAAACUAUUAUCUUAUUGCAGAAUUUAAUUCAAAACAUCAGGUCGUGAAGUGGAAUGCAGAAUGGACAGUGCCACAUCGUCUGUUGAAGAAAAGAUCAGUUAUCUUCCCUAGACAGCAAAAUAAGCUUCCGAUCACGCCUUCCAUUGAUAUCUCAGAUUUCCAGUAUGAAUGGCUUGUGAAAUGGCGUGGUCUUGGUUACAAGCAUGCUUCAUGGGAGUUAGAUAAUUCUUACACUCUAAGCUCCCCUCGAGGUCAGAACCUCGUGAAAGAUUAUGAAAUUCGUCUUCAGAAGGCAAAGAGAACAGUUGACAAGAGUAAAAAAGGAUCAUAUUUCGAGCUCUCAGAGCUUCCGGCAGGAGGAUCACUUCCGAAUUCUUACGAUCUAUUGAAACAUGUGAACAAGCUGCGCCAGUGCUGGUACAACAACCAGAACGCUGUUGUUUUUGAUAACCAGGAGUGGGCAAUGACUGUGAUUUUCUUUGUUCUAUCGUUGACUGAAGUCUGUCAGCCUUUCCUCAUUAUUGUGGCUUCAGAUGCAAUUUCUCAAUGGGAAGCUGAGUUCACACGACUGGCCCCAUCCAUUGCCGUCACAGUUUAUAGCGGAAGCAGAGAUGCAAGGAGAAGAAUUAGGACAUUUGAAUUUUAUGAGGAAGGGGGUUGCAUGAUGCUUCACGUACUCUUGUCUUCUCCAGAAGCUGUUUUUGAGGAUUUAGACAUACUGAGAUACGUAAGAUGGGAAGCAGUUAUAAUUGAUGAGUGCCAGCACUCUGGGAUAGAAAAUCAUUGGGAACAAAUUAAAAUGCUACCUACCGAUUCUAGGAUACUUCUUUUCAAUGGUCAAAUAAAGGAUACUGUAUCUGAGUAUCUUAAUCUACUAUCAUUGCUUGAUUCUCAUGAUGAUCUGGAUAAAUUUAGAGGCUUCAAGUCUGACACAAUUGAUAAUCUUGGUAAACUAAAAGAGAGAUUAUCACAUUUCAUUGCUUACGGCAGCAUUCCUGAGUUAUCCAAGUUUGUGGAGUAUUGGGUUCCUGUUCCAAUGUCGAAUUGCCAGCUUGAGCAGUACUGUGCCACACUUCUUUCAAACUCUAUCCCUCUUCGUUCUUGCUCAAAAAGUGAUCCUGUUGGGGCCCUCCGUGAUAUUCUUUUUACUGUCCGAAAGUGUUGCGAUCAUCCGUAUCUCGUGGACUCCUCUGUUCAAGAAGGCUUGAUAGCUGAGGGGCGUGCAAAUGAGCUUUUGGAUACUGGAAUAAAAGCAUGUGGCAAAUUACAGCUUCUUGACAUUAUACUUUCAGAGAUAAAAAAUCAAGGACAACAAGUGCUCAUACUUUUUCAGACAAUUGUUGGCUUAGGAGGGGCAUCAAUUGGAGAUAUAUUGGAUGAUUUUAUGCGUCAAAGAUUUGGUGUAAAUUCUUAUGAACGUAUUGAUGCUAGAGUUGCCCCAUCCAAGAAGCAUGCUACUGUGAAUCGUUUUAACAAGAAGGAAACUGGGCAGUUUGUUUUCUUACUAGGAAACCGUGCUUGUUCUUCAAGCAUUAAGCUAUCAUCAGUGGAUAUUGUUAUCAUAUAUGAUAGUGAGUGGAAUCCAGCAAACGAUUUGAGGGCGCUACAAAAGAUAUCCUUUGAUUCAAACUUUGAGCAGAUCAAAGUUUUUCGGUUAUAUUCAUCCUGUACUGUUGAAGAAAAAGCCCUGCUUCUGGCAAAGCAGGUUCUUAAUCUUGAUAACAAUCUGCAAAACUUAAGUAGGACCACUAGUGACACUCUGCUCAUGUGGGGUGCUUCUUAUUUAUUUAGCAAAUUGGACGAUUAUCAUGCUGAAAGCAGCCCUAUGUCUGUUUCAAACAUUUCAUCAGAGCAAUUGCUUUUGAAUGACACUACCAAGGAGCUCUUGGCCAUACUUCUUGGAAGCUGUGAUUCAGGUUGUAUCAUUUCAAAAGUUCAACUGGGUGUUGGACGUUACAAUAUAAAUCUUCCCCUUCUUGGAGAGGGAAAAAUUCAGUUGAAAGAUGGAGAAGAGGCUCAUGUUUUCUGGAGAAAUCUGUUGGAGGGUAGAAAUCCAAGGUGGAAGCAUUCAUGUGGGUUAACUCCACGUAAUAGGAAAAGAGUUCAAUUCUUUGAUGGAUUAAAUAGGAAUCCAGACACUGAGAGUGAUGAAAUUGGAAAGAAACGUAGAAAGGUGGCAAAUGAAAAUGUAGAUCCAGACUCAAUUGAAGUUGAACUCAGAGGGCAUCAAAUGACUCAAGCUGCUGGUUCUAAAGGAGGGUCUUCUAAAGCGGUAGCCACCAACAAGUCCCUAUCUUUGGAAGAAUCAACUUCUUGUCGAACUGACAAUGUUAAUCCAGAAAGCAACCCAAAUUUCAUAUCUGGUCAGAACUCUCUCGAUCCUGGAGUCCACGUAGACAAACCACAGGAAAUAGUAACAGCAUCCAAUGAGCAGAAGAGCCUCCAUAUUUUACUAAAAGGAGAGAUGUCAAGACUCUGCCAAAUCCUUAAAGUUUCGGGAGAUGUCAUGCAUACAGUGGAAAGAUUCCUUGAAUAUGUCAUCAAGAAUCACCAUGUCAGUAAUGAAUCACCCACCAUCAUUCAGGCUUUCCAGAUAUCUCUGUGUUGGAUUGCAGCUUCAAUCUUAAAACAGAAAAUCGAUAAGAAGGAUUCACUCAUGAUAGCAAAACAGUUUCUGAAUUAUGGAUGCACAGAAGAACAGGCAACCCAUGUUUAUUCGAAGAUGCGAUUGUUGAAGAAGAUGUUUUUGCAGUGCUCAGAGAACAACAAAGAAUCUAGAAAGGAUUGGUUGUUAUCGACAGAAGAUGUCAGCAAAGAAUCAUGUAAAGCUAAUGCAGGGAUACCACAAUUUUCAGCAGUUGACCUGCAAAGUGUGAAAUCUGAUAUUGAAAGAUCAGCAAAUAAAGAGCCUUCCAGUUAUCUGACUGUUUCAGAGCAUAAAAAGCCAAUGAAUGACAAAGUUGAUGAAUGUGAAAUUGAAGAAAAGUUAAAGAAAAUCCAGAAAAAGUGUGACAAGCGGUUGAAAAUACUUAUCCAGAAGCAGCAGGAAGACGUUAAGAAAUUCCACAGAAUUUGGGAGGAGAAAAGGGAGCGAUUGGAGAACGAACACAAAUUGGAGUCGGCCUGUAUCCGGUCUAUACAUGGUCAAGGUUCAGUAGCAAUCGACAAACUCAAGCUUUUGGAUUCCGACUUUGCAAAGAAAAUGGAAGAGUUCAAGCGCUUGAAGGACAUGCACGUUAAAGAUCUUGAGGCAAGUCAGUUAUCUGCAAGGAGUUACGAGAGACAAAAGGCAGCCAGUUGGUUGGCCAGAGCAAAAGCCUGCCAUAAUGAACUUAAAGAUGUUGAUGAGUCAGUUGGAUCUCAAUCUAAAGAGAAGGUUGGAUGCUCUGAAGCCUGUGCACAUAAUACGAUCUGUGCCCCUGAGAAUGCUGCCCCCAUUUUUAAACAGCAUACUGAAGACACAAAUCAUAACAAAGAUGUGCAUCUCAUGCAAGGGAAUGAUGUAGCACCAUCUAAUACGUGUGUCAUUACACAUGCUGAGACUGUAGGUAGUACUGUGCCUACUGAUACUGCUGAUCAUCUGUUAAGUAUAACUUCUGAAAGGGAGUUGGGGACAUGUUCCUUUGAGAGAACAUCCAUUGCUGAACUGCCCAUUGAAUUGAUUCAUUCCAGUCAUACCACUGAAGAGAUGGCUUCUGGAUACUUGCCUGGUUCUGGAGAACUGGUUUCUGAUGAAAUUUUAAUGGUUCCGGCGAGUGAAGAGAUUCCGACAGAGGUGCCUGCAAAUGUUUCUGAAGAUAGAGAUGGUAGUGAGUCAAUCGGUGGCUGUCUAAGUUUGGCAGAACAAUCAUUGUUACCUCUGACAGAAACAGUUGCUCCUUCAGAUGGUUCUUUGCCCCGAAGUCAUGUACUACUAGAAAGUUCAUCUGGGGAAUUUCGAGACGAAGAUGCACCAGUCUCAGAAAAUCAAAGUGCUUUGCAGGUUGAAGUUGCAAUCUCCAAACAUACUAACUCUGAAACCCCUGCACCGUCUAAUGACCAUCUUCCAGAAUAUCAAAGUACUUUGCAGGUUGAAGAUGGAACCUCGGAUUGUAUUGACUCUGAACCGCCUACACAGUCUAAUCAGGCACUGGUGACUGAGAAUCAUGAGCAGCUGCAGCCAGAUUGCAUUGAUGUAUCUCUCAGCUGUGAUCAAACACUGGCUACUGAAGUUGAACAUGAAAACCAUGAUAGAGAAAGAAUCCUAAUUCCAGAAACUUCUCCUCAAUUAUCUGCUGAACCGGAAUCACUUCCAUAUCAAAUCACAUCUCAAAGUGGGCAAGAUUUGGUAGAGCAUCCUCCAGUUGCUCUUAUGGGUUCAACUCUUGAUUUUGGAUUAGUUAAUCAAGUUGAUCACGUGCCAAAUGGUGAAUUGUUUGCCUUCUCCCAAAGUAAUGUGUCUAUGCCCCAAGCUACAGUAAAUACAGCCGAACUUCCAAAUCAAGUUCUGCUGCAAUCUGAAGUAGAUUUAUCUCAUGCUCGCGGGUCUGGCAACCUUGCAUCUCAGCCUGCUCAUCAAGUCCCCUCUUGGUAUCCAUCGCCAUCUUUGCAUGCUGAACCACUUCAAAAUGAAUUAUUAAGGAUCAGUAAAGAGACAGAAAAGGCAGUUAAAGUUCAUGAAGAUUUGAAGUUGUUACUGAAAUCUGAGUGUGAGAAGGAGAUACAGGAAGUUAUUGCUCAAAUACAAAAUAAAUACGAGGCAAAACUUCAUGAUGCUGAAACAGCAUUUCUGCUGAAAAAGAAUGAACUUGAUAAGAAUCAUAAUAAAGUUCUUAUGAAUAGAAUAUUGGCUGAGGCUUUCAGAUCAAAGUGCUUGGAUCUUAGGCCUCCUGGGCCUCCUGGAAUGCAGCUAGCUAUGUCUUCCAGUUUCAUGCAGCAGCUGCAGCAGCUAUCAAUGCAACGCCCUGUGAGACACCCAGUAUCUUCAGUUUCCCAACCUCAGACUAUGGUUCCUACUGUACAGGCUUCACAACAGCUACCACUGCCAAAUUCUACUGCACCAUCCCCCGUCUUUGUUUCUUCUUCGAGACGCCAUCCUCGGAUUGUGACUCCAACUGUACAAGCUGCACAUCAGCCAUUGCUGCCACAUUCUGCAGGACCUCCCCCCGGCUUUGUUUCUUCUUCGGGUUGCCAACCUGCUGCCAGCCAGCAUAAUCCCACACCUGCUGUACAAACUGUACGCCGUGCAUCAGCUCGUUUGUCAGGCUUACCGACCAGACCCCCACGCAUAAGUGCCAUCACACCUUCCACAGGUAAUCUGCGCGUAGGAGAGGUCCGUUCUCCAGCCCCACAUCUUCAACCUUUCCGGCCUUCAGCAUCUGCCUCUGCAGCCAGUCUCCCUUUGCCUUCGCAUUCGCAAGCUACGCCUAGCCAGCAGUCACCAACACCCCGUCCUGCAACUUCUCCAUUUUCUCAGAACACGCCUCAACGAACACCACAUUCUCAGGUGCCGCCACUGCCGACAACGAAUCCCAUUUCUCGUAAUAGACCUCAGCCUGAAAGUAGGCUGUCCGCUCCUCAUAACUCGUCUCAAUCUGCUGUUCAGUUGCUUAUGGACAUGGAUCUUCGACCUCGUGUACAUGGACAUAAUACUUCUGCAUCUGUACCUGAUGGUACAAAUUUUGGUUCGUUGGAGCAGUCCAACCUUGAAACGCUUGGUAAUGCUCAUGGUACCCUCCCCUCUUCAGUUGCUACCGCAGACGUCUUUCGACCAGUCGCCGCCCUCUCUCUCUCGCACCGCCACCACGCCGCCUGCCGUGCGAAGCAGAUAUUACAGUUUUCACAAGCCUCGGCCGUCACUCUCUCCUCACUGCCGACCAACUCUCCUCUCUCUCCGUCGUCUUCUUCUUUGUUCUCAUCAGUGUCGUCGCCGAGACAGCCAGCCACCACCACAUCGCUGGCGCCCCAGCAACCCGGCUCACAGCCGAUGCGCCUCACCUUCUGGCGACGCUCACCUUCUCCAGAAGCUCUGUGCCGAUUGCCUUCUCUAGGAGCUCUGCGUCGAUCACCAAGAGGUCCUAGGGUGUAUUGA